AUGGCUUGCAGAAUCUGCGUCAUCCUGCUCCUGUCAAGACAAGCACAGUGCAUCGUCUUUGAAGAGAUUUUCCAGUGGUGCAACGUGGCCAGCAACAAAUGCCGGGGACAGUUGCAAGGUUUGCGGAUCGAUGGCUCAUGGCCAACCGCCUCAGGCUUCGAAGGACCAGGCUUCUCGUACCCUGUGGACUGGGAUGGAGAUGGAGUGAUGGACAUUGUCCAUGCGAAGACACAGUUUUCGCCCGCCGACGUGGAUGAAGAUGUGCUCGACACAAGGGCCGUCCUACACUUCUUGUCUGGCAACGCCACCUUGUCCGAUCAGAACAAUUCGCCCGAAGGCGUCCAGGUACCCCUCGGGUUUAUCGAUUUCGCUGACUGGGCAGGCAACGGGCGUCCUGGGUUGAUCUGCUGCCGGCAAUCUUUGGGGAUGACUGAGCUUGUAUGGCUUCAGCAAGAUUUACUUCAUGGUGCAAGAAGCUGUGAUGAUUCAGCGGCUGAGCUCCUCCUAACUGUGGGCCCCAACACAUCAGCCUGCCAGGCGCCCCGAGCCGCGGACUUUGACAAGGAUGGCGAUCUUGACCUUAUUCUUGCUGAGCCAGGCGCUGUGUACUUUCUGGAACGGUUGCCUUCUGGAGACCUGGCUCAGAAGCAGCUUCUCCUAGAGGUCGAUGCCAGGAUAUACACAUCGGCAGAGGCUGCGGACUGGAAUGGUGAUGGCCUUCCCGACCUCAUCAUUGGCACAGAAAAGGGGUUUAUGUACUUUGAGCGUUUGCACAGCGGGGGCUUCUAUCAACGCCGAGGCUCUGAUGCUCCUGAGGCAUUGACUCAUCAGAUGUUUGGAGAUGAAGGGUUCCUCAGUCACGGACCGUUUGCAGUGGCUCGCGUUGUGGAUUGGGAUGGAGACGGAGCGUUGGAUGUUGUCCUGUGCCAACGGGAUGGUGUGUUUCCGAAGAGCGAUCAUUGUCUGCUGCACCGCAGGGCGGCUGCUUGGAGGAGUGAUCCGGUGGAUAGCUCCAGUAAUCCAUUCGCGUUCCUAACGCAACAGCCGAUUGAGCAGGCGUUUGUUGUUGACUGGGACAGCCAGUAUGGCUCGGACCUGCUGCUGAGGGUUCAGCCUGAGGAUGCGCUGCAGCUGUUCCUUCGUCUGCCGGACGGACACCUGUCUACAAAUCCAGAGAUCGUGCCGCACCCGUGCGGCAAUGGCAUAGAGGUGAUCAAGGAUUGGGAUGGCAAUGGGCGGGCAGAUCUCCUGUGCAACAAAUGGGGAGAGCUGCACUUGUGGAGGCAGCUCCCAAACGGCACUUUUGCAGGACCAACGCUGCUUUAUGCCGAAGCUGUCGGCGGAGAGACCUUGUCUGACAUCGCAGAUUGGGAUGGCGAUGGGCUGAUGGACAUGUUGUUGAGCAACGGCCAGGUGGCCUUGCAAAGAGCAAACUUGUCAUGGGAGAUGGAUCCGCACGUCGAUUUGGAGAACUUCAGCACGUUUGAACAGGCAGUAGUCUGGUCCAAUGUGCCGCAGGUUUACCCAAGUGAACUCAAGAUUGUGGACUGGGACAGAGAUGGGGUUCUGGACGUGGUGGCCAUAGACCAUUUCGGCUCCGGAACAGAUUGGGCGAUCACGCCAAUCAUCAGAGGGAGUGAUUCCACGAUGAAGGCAUCCGAGAAAAUUGAAUUCACAUACAGCCCGUUACUUCCUCCGGCUUGGCCGCGGGGUAUGCAGCUUGUCGACUGGGAUGGUGAUGGCUUUGCGGAGCUGCUUGCCCUGCGCAGAGAGCCGGGGCCUUUCUUCACUGCAUCAAUUGAGAUGUGGUCCUCUGGCUGCCUACCCGCAAGUGCCUGCACAUUGAACGGCGCUUGCCAUGCAGCCACCAGCGAGUGCAAAUGCUAUGCAGGCUACUCCGCAGUCGAUUGCUCCCGGUGCGCUGCAGGCUACUACACCGACCUCACCCUGACAUGCCGGGCCUGCGCUGGCUUUGGUGGCUCCAACGUGUGUGCCGGCCGCGGCGCUUGCUAUGACGACCAUGCAGCCCAGGAAGCUGGGCUAAGAACAGGGAAUGGCUCGUGCGCUUGCUACGACCCAAAUUUUGGUGGAGAGGACGAGCAUGGCCUUUCCACCUGCCAGCUUGGAACGUGCAGCGUCGGGUAUGUCGAGGUUGGCGGCCAUUGCGUGCUAGACCAGCUCUACCUGAUUAUGGCAUCCAUUUUUGCGGUCUCCUUGCUGGCACUCUUCCUCUUGCCGCCCUGUGUGCUGGGUUGGGCCGUGCCGAUUGAGGACAUCUGCUUGGACGGAGGGGUGCUUGUGGUCACCACAGCAACUCCGCAUUACAUCCUUCAGCGACCCUGGGUGCGACCAAUGCUUAGGUGUGUUGGGACGGGGCAUCCCGUUGUAGCCGACAGCAAGACGUUUGUGGCCAAGCCAGUAGGCUCCCACCCGAACCACCUCGUGCUCAUGUCCGGCACUGCAGCAUGCACAGAGAAGGCCGAUGCAUCUUGCGGCUUUCUGCAGCUGAGCCGCCCCCGGGCAGCUCUCUGCACGGGCUACAUCUUGCCCUUCGGCGUCUUGUGGGCUGCAUUGCUGGUUACGGCCAUGGCGGUCCAUGCCUUCUUUGAAAUCUCAGUGACGCACACCCUCACUAGCCUCGGUGGUGCUGCCACAGUCUCUGCCUUGAUCCAUCUCUGGCUCCAACAUCGGGUCCGGACACCGCUGGCAAUGAGGUUGGCUGAGUUCAGUCAGGAAAUCGCCUGCGCGAUUCCGGAGCCCCAAGCCUCCCCGCGCGGAGCGGCGCGGGCGAUCAGCAUCACACAGCUGUUGAGCUUCUAUGAGAAGUUUCAUGUCUUCAUUCGGGACAGGAACAUGUACUAUGUGGUAACCAAUCUGCUGAAGCCCUUGACCAGCCCGGCACGAUUGUCAUACGCAGAUCUCGUUGGCCCUGGUGAGGUCCGCUGGUUCGUUAGCCAUUUUUGGGGGCAUGUGUUCCGAGACUUGGUGAGCUCUCUGCAACACCAUUGCAGCUGGUCUGGUGGGGAUCUAGGCAGUAUGAGCCGAUACUGGAUCUGCUCCUUCAGCAACAACCAGUGGGCCGUAGCCGAGGAGCUAGGAACAGAUUGUGAGACCUCCUCUUUCUUCCUGGCGAUCAAGAGCCCGACUUGCCAAGGGACGGUUAUGGUGCUGGAUGCCGAGGUGCAGCCGCUGUCAAGAUCCUGGUGCCUUUUCGAGGUCCUACAGACCCGCUUCCUGUCCUCCGAGCGAGCCGACAAUUUCAGGGGGCUGGUCUUCUCCACAUCGUCAGGCAUCCUGGGCA